AUGGCUUAUCUUUUGGGUCGCCAGGAUUGUAUCGACAGUCUUCGGAGAGACCUUACUGAUCUCCAAGGGACCGUUUUGGAUGUGUUCUCCAGAACAGGACCUGUCCGUUUCGCAUCCUGGAAGUUCCCUGACAAGUUAUCCUGUAAUUUAGACUUGGUGUACCUCUUGGAACAGUACGAUUAUGUAGACGGCGAAGAGGACUUCAGUCAGCAUGCACACAUAGUUCUCUUAGAACUGGUGAUUGACAGGUGA